AUCGAGGUCUACGACAGUGGAGCCUCAGCACACAUCUCGCCGUACCGACACCGUUUCUUCAACUACCGCGAUCUCACACCACCACGCCCCAUCACCGCUGCCAAUGGCGAUACCUUCGACGCCAUCGGGGAGGGCGACAUGGAGGUAUGCGUCCUUGAUGCCACCAACGACUCGCCGACCACCAUCACACUG